UAUGAAUUAUAAAGGUAUUAUGCAGUAUUAUGCAGUAUUAUGCGAUAUUACGUUGGUUAUGGAUUAUUGACAGAAAAAAUAUGUAUUUGUUAUAUAGAGAGGAUGUCGGAUAAUGCGGUUUCAUUUGUCGGGUCCAUUUGGUUGGAGAAGUAUGACUGAACGUCUGUCGGACUUUUAAUAUCGAUAAAGUAUGAAGGGUACUAGUUAUGUUGUACGUCGUGUGUCGGGACCACUUAGCCCGGUGCUAAAUGAAGUCGUUCCCCUAAAACGACAGUCUCACACAACCAACGAACGCACUUUUGUAAAGGUUAGAUCUAUCGCCUUUUUCAUAUAUAUACAGAAAAUGCUGAGUUUUACUUGAGAAAUUGUAAAGACAAAGAAAAAUGUGGAAAUAUAUUUUCUUGUUCAGUCGACAAGGAAAAGUUAGACUUCAAAAAUGGUACCAUACAUACAGUGUAAAAGAAAAGAAAAAAAUUUUAAGGGACCUGCUGACUGUCAUAUUAGCUAGGAAGCCAAAGAUGUGCAGCUUUCUGGAAUACAAAGAUACCAAAGUGUGCUACAAAAGAUACGCAAGUUUGUAUUUUGUUGUUGGUAUCGAACCUGGCGAUAAUGAAUUGAUUGCGUUGGAAAGUAUUCAUCGUUAUGUGGAGCUCUUAGAUAAGUAUUUUGGAAAUGUGUGUGAGUUGGAUAUUAUUUUUAACUUUGAGAAGGCAUACUACAUGCUGGAUGAGCUUAUCAUUGGAGGCGAGAUACAAGAGACGAGUAAAAAGAAAGUUUUAGCUGCAGUGCAGGCUCAAGAUUCAUUACAGGAGGAUAGUGAAAUAAAACAAGCAUUGGAAGAUAUUGGUCUACUCUAGAUGUUCUUUUCUUUUGACAGGAUAGUGUUAUAGCGCAAAAUCUCGAGCAGUUAGGAUUUAUCUAAUCGUCACAAUUGGUUUGGAAACAAAGAUUUAUUGUUAAUGUUGUUAGCGUGAAAAAUUUGAAAACAAAUAUUAAGUUAUACCUUAUUCGUAUGAAUUUUUCGCGCACUUUGAUUUUGGGGCAAAGUUUUCGCCCAAGUUUAAGUUUACCUACACAAAAAUGGAAAAAAUUAGUGAAGUUUUGGCAAAAUAUAGAUUUUGAUUUUUACAAAUACUAAUUUUUGCAAAUGCACAAUAAAUCGUACGAAUAAGGUAUUUUAAAAUAUCCCUUUAAUAUAAAUCUAGGGUUUGGUUAUUUUUUAUAUUAUUUUUUAUUGCAUCGGUGAAGCGAAGCUUUUUCAGAUUGACAUAAGCAUGAAAAUAUCAUAGGAUUUUUUAUUCUUUUUGUUCUUGCUGAAGAUUUAUAAAACCGCUUUGGGAUAAAUACCGUUUUACCGUUUUCUUCAAUUCUUUGAACGACCCUUUACUUUCUUCCGGUGAACAUUUUUGAAUUUGUCUGUGUCACUAUCUUGCUGUAAGUCAAUAGUUUUGAACUCUUUUAGCUGAAAUUUUUACUGCUUGAGUUGUUGAAAUGUUUGUAAAACACAUUCAUCUCUGGGCAUAUCAAGUGUGAAGCCGUGUCGGCUGAAAUAUUUGCUUUAACGAUGUAAAUAAAUAAAGUUAAUUCAUAGUUUUUAUUGGAGAGACAUAUUUUUAUUUUUGUAGUUUGGGAUUCAAUGAAAUUUGUGUUUACAUAAGUCUAAUGAUUGUCGCUUUUAAUAUAUAUCCUGUCUUUUUAAUGUAUUAAAUUUUUUAUAUUCAUUAGAAAUAUAUAAGUUUUAAGUUUU